ACCGACAUCAUGACUGCGGACAGUAAUCGCAAAGUGUCGGAUGCGGAUCGAGCCGGGUUCGUGGCCAGAAGUCCCGAGGGACACGCAGCCCGCUCCAUGAGCAUCAAGGGCCAAGAAGAGGUGUGGAUCCAGAUCCAGGCCAACACGUUCAAGAAUUGGGUGAACGUGAACUUGGCCGAGGCCGGAGUGCGACCCAUCCAGAGCUUCCAGAGCGACUUCUCGGAUGGGACGGUGUUAGUGGCGUUGGUGGAAAAACUCCAGAAGAGACGAUUACGUCACAACCAGAAACCGCACAAUCAACACCACGAAUUGGAAAACAUCUCCAUCGCCUUGGAUGCCAUUCAAGAGGAUGGAAUCAAGCUUGUAAAUAUAGGAAACACGGACAUUAACAAUGGAAAUCUCAAAUUGAUCCUGGGAUUGAUAUGGUCCUUAAUUGCCCAUUAUCAAUUAGGGGCCUCCAAUUUUCCACCAAAGAAGCUCAUGCUCUCAUGGCUCAAGGCCGUUCUACCCGAUUGCAACAUCAAGAACUUCACCAACGAUUGGAACAAUGGCAUUUACUUGAGUGCUUUGUUGGACUACUGCCAACCAGGCCUGAUCCCCCAUUGGCGGAAACUCAACCCAAACAAUGGCCCCGAGAAUUGCAAACGUGCCAUGGAACUGGCCCAAAGGAGCUUCAACAUUCCCUCCGUUUUGGAACCAGAAUACUUGGCCUCACCACAUUUAGACGAACUCUCAGGAAUGACUUACUUAUCCUACUUCAUGAAGGAAGAAGACAGCCCUGGAUACUAUGCCACUCUAGAUUGGGUCAAGAGUCAGAUUCCGACCCAGCGGAUCAAUAAUUUCAGGACUGAUUGGAACGAUGGCUUGGCAGCGGCUGCCCUAGUAAAGGCCAAGGGAGGACCAGUGCCUGGGUUCCACGACAUGGACAAUCAUCCCGAGAAUUGGGUGUCGAAUCUGGAAGUGUCUCUGAAAGGUGGGAAGAAAGUGGGCGUGACCCCGGUGAUGGACGCUCGGGACAUGGCCAGUCCUAAUGUGGAAUAUCUCGGAGUCAUGUCUUGGGUGGCUCAGUUCCAAUGGAUCAAUGACCGAGUGGCACCCGGGGAUCGGCUGGAAAUUCAAUGCACCACCAAUAAAGUUCGACAAGACGAAGAGGUCCACUUUAAGCUGGAUGUGCUGGACAAGGACUUUCACCAAGAGUCCAUUACGGCCGAGGUUAUUGGUCCAUCCGGUCCCAUUUACAUGGACUUUGAUAUGGACCCAUCCGGUGGUCGAGGGUUCUUCAAGCCUGAUGAGAUGGGCAUGCAUGAGCUGCUCGUGAAGAAUGAGGGAGAGCCUAUCCGUGGUGCUCCUCACUUUAUGCGAAUCAUGCCAAAGUCGAAAAAGGACUACGAUGGGAUUGAGCCGUGCGCCGUGGGAUCCACCGUGGAAGUUCUCAUCAAUCCUCAUCAUGCGGCUAGGCCAGACCUCUUAGCGGUCACGGCCUUCUCCCCCACUAAUCGGCCUUUGGGUUGUCCGGUCAGCGAUGACAAUGGAACCUUCUACGCCUCGUUCAAUCCGGAUGAGGCUGGCGAAUGGAGGAUCCAUGUCACUUACGACGAAGAAGAUAUCGAACACAGUCCAUUCCGAUGUAUGGUCUUUGACCCAAGAGCUAUCUUCAUUCCCGAUCAAGACGCGGCUCGGCGUGCUAUUCCCGGGGAUCCAUUCACGUUCACUGUGGAUGCCUCCAAAACGGGUUGGGGUGAGGUAGCCAUAGAUGUGGCGUUCGAAAACCGAUCCAUACGUCGGACAUUCUACGUGGAGGAGGUGGCCCAUAGAAUUUACAAGGUCACUUUUACCCCUCAAGCCAGAGGCAAGCACCGGGUGUACGUCUACCUGAAUGGUAUGGAAGUCAAGGGCUCUCCAUUCGCUCUCCGCGUUGGGAAAGACAUCAAAGAAGCCCGCAAACCUGCCACAGACAUCUUCAGAGCGGACAGAAAAGUGUCGAGGUACAAAACCCACGAAGAGUCGCGUGCAGAGCGCCGAAAUUAUUUCACUGAACGAGAAAUCCCGAUCCAAGCGCCCCUAGCACCUCCUAGGAGCAAGAAGAAGGAAUUCGCUCGCAGGCAAAGCAUCAAGGAUUUUAGGGAUGAGAACCGUCAAACCCUCUUCAAAUCUGAUCACCAAACUGAUGAAGGGGUGGAUCUACUGCCUGUUAACAAGAAAAUUGCAUUCGAUUGCCCGGACAAUGGAGCCCGAGCCGAGGAGAUCCAUGUGGACAUUAUAGGCCCUGACGGACGAAAAUGUCCCACGGAGAUCCGUUCCAAUCCCAAUGGAACCUUCACAUGCCAAUUCACAACCAACAGUGUGGCAGAAUACAGGAUUGAGGUGUUCAUACGCAAUGAACGAGUCAAUGUCACCCCGACAUUCUACACGUUCGAUGCUUCCAAGGUCCACGUGGGUCACAUUCCGUCGGGAUUUGUAGGCAUGCCAGUAGAAUUUGAAGCUGAGGCCCAACGAGCCGGUUUUGGCAAGAUGGAAGCGAUUGUAAAUCACGGCCGCGUGUCCAGUCACGUCUCAUCGCUCUCCAAGGAUCGCAAGUUUGCUGCCUCAUUCAUUCCGCACGAUAUAGGCAGGCAUCGGAUCGAUGUGAAAUUCAACGGCGAAAAGGUGCCCAACUCGCCAUGGUUCAUCGAGGUGAAGGAUCCCAAUAAGCCACUUCUGGCACCGGGUUUGGUCUCAGGAAAGAUUCACGUGCCCAAUGGCGCCAAUGGGUUCCACUCCGAAACCAAUGGUCGCGAAUACCAUUCCACGGCGUUGCGCUCCAGCGAUUUCAAUAAAGUCGACACUCGCAUUGAGGAGUCUUACUAUGACUCCUCGGAUGUAAUAGCCCGGAAUCGAACCAACGAUAUCUAUACAGCCUCGCGUAAGGCCUCUUACGCCGGUGCUGCCCAGCCCUCUCAAUUGAAACCGCAAAAGUUCGAGACCGCUAACGAAAAUCUUCCGCCACCCACACUUGCGACCUCAUUGAAAUCAACAAACACUCACAAGAUGGAGCCCACCCGAGACUUUGGCAACUUCUCGUCGCUCCUGGCACCUGCAUUAAUCAGCGGCAACAAGACUGUUGAGGAGAAGACGACCACAACCACCAAGCGGACCACCACCACAGAGGAAUUCUCCAAAGCAUCCGAAAAGAAUAACAACAAUCUCAGUUAUGCCAAUCACAACAAGAACGACCAUGAUAGCGCCUAUUACUCCACCACCAUCACCAAACCGGUCAAGGAGAAACCCGGUGGGAUGGAGGCCAACUUUCUUUUGAGUGACGUCACCAAAAGUUCCGGAGGGACCUUCCGAAUCACGGACAACUCCACGAGCCGGGAUUCCUCUCCUAUCAAACGGGAAUCAUCACCCCUUCGAUCCCGUUUAAUCGAGACCAAACGAGAACCCUCCCCUUUGAGUAGUAAUCUGCGAACUAGUAAGCUUCAAACCUCCUCCAGCACAAUGGCCAGUUCAUCCUCGUCAAGUCUGGCCACGUCAAGCUUGGCCAGUAAGAUCCCCAAGCCCACUAAUCGCGAUCAACGAUCGCUAUCCCGGACUAACAACAACCUGAACAGUCUCGAACGCAGAGGUAGCGGGAGCUUUCAUCAGGAUUAUGCCACGGAUAAUAGUCCGGGAGUGCAGAAAUCCAAUUAUUCAUCCUCUUUCGACACUGGUCCCGUGGUCCAAACGGGGACCGAUGGAACGAAGACGGUGACCCAGAAAAGUGGAAGUACAAGCUACACCAGUUAUUCAUCUUCGAGUUCUACUGCCAACGCCAGUCGAUCUGUCGGGCUUGGUAACCAAUCAAAAGCGGUGGAACACAAACAAAACACUUUGUCCGUCCCCGGCGGAAGUUCCAAGGGCACUAGUACUUCCAAUGCGGGGGCCGAACCUGGCUCCACAAGUCCCAAGCUCAACAGCUAUCGAGGCACCGCAGAGAAGUGCAAAUUCUUGGGCGAAACAGUGCGACAUUUCAAUGCGGGAAAGUUGGCCACAUUCGAGCUUAAAGCACCCGGACACAAAAAGGAAGAUAUUGAAGUCAACAUUAUAAGUCCCGAGAAGCGGCCAAGAAUUCCGAACAAGAUCGUGGACGAAGGCUCCAGUCGGUUUCGCAUCGAGUUCACCACGGUUGAAGUGGGGAGUUAUGUCAUCGACGUGACGGUCUCGGGUCUCACUGUGCCUAAUAGCCCAUUGAUCGCCAAGGCUUACGAUGCUGGCCUCAUCAAAGUGACUGACAUCCAAGACGGUUUCGUCGGAGAAUUGAGCACAUUUCGGGUGGACGCCUCCAAAUCUGGCGAAGGUCAAUUGGAGAUUUCCAUCAACGACGGGGAUGUUCCCAAUGCGGUUCAAGUGCUAGGAGGUGGAAAAUGUCUGGUGACUUACACUCCCGAACAGCCCAUUACCCACGAGAUCGAGGUCACCUUUAACGGCGAACAGGUCACAGGCUCCCCAUUUCUUUGCCGCGUGACGGAUGGUGACAACUACAGCGCUGGUGGCAGCAGCGGAGACUUUUCCAAGGUCGAGGUCGGCCUCGACCACUUGAACCACAUUCCCAUUAAAACCACUUCAUCUUUUACUAUCAAAGUCGCGGGGGGUGACGAUGCCGAGUUGGCAGUCUCCGUUCAAGGUCCCAGUGACGACAUUCCUGUGAAGGUGACAGGCAAUGUGAAGAAUGGCUUCACUGCCGAAUUCGUGCCAAAAGAAGUGGGACCGCAUACCAUUUUGGUGGAGUAUAAUGGCAUGGCUGUCGGCGGAACACCGUUCUUUUCCAAGGCCUACAGUAGUGACCAUGUGGCUGUUAGCGAUAUCCCAAAGUCGUCCGGGGGUAAAACCGUCAAGUUUGCGGUGGAUGCCGUCGAGGCUGGCGAGGGCAACCUAGAGAUCCUAGUCAAAUGUGCCGCUGAUGGCCGCUCACUCCCAACGCAUGUCCAUCCCGUGGGGAAUGCAGUGUUCCACGUGGCCUUCACUCCGCAAAUAACGACUGAUCAUAUCAUUCAUAUCACAUUUAACGACGAGUGCAUAUCGGGCUCGCCGUUCAUCUCACACAAAUUGUCAGAGAAGAAUAGGAGUGCUAACAAAUCUACUUCCACCGAUAACCAAGGUUCCACGAAUCAUUCCCGAUGGUUGGAGAAGUACCGGGACUAUCGAGAGGAAUUCAAUGUCAUUGUCCUUGAGGAUAAGAUCGUGUUCGACGACUUUGAUGAUGAGUCCUCCACGAAUGAUGAUCCCAUCACGGUGAUUGUCACUUGUGACGAUGAUCUCGCCUCGGAGAAGGACUUUGAACAGCACACCAUUUCCUUGGUAGAAACCACCAUCAACCGACCAAUGACCAAGCGACUUUGGGCCAAUAUUGGACCACCCCAUACCAGUGGAACACCAAACUUCUGGAAUGGCAAUCGGCCCGAUUGUCGUGAUGAGCAUAUCACAUCAAGUUCCCAUUGGCGAGAGAGCCGCCAGGGAAAGGCCAAUCAUGCGAUUCGAGAACAAAGUGCCAUUGGCACCCAUGGAGAGCUUCCAAGCCAUCUCAAAUCGGAUUCCACAAUUUCGGGAUCGGCGCUAGAAAGUUCGCUUCAUGCCUAUCAACACCCCCGAUUUCAUUAUGUUCAUCCGGAGAGGGAAAAUGCAAUUUGCGGAGACAAGAAGAAGGAACUGGCGAAUGGAAACAUUGGAGCCAAGGCCAGUUUGAAGUUGACGACAUCAGUAAAUAGAAUUUCCCCAGAGCACAAAGGGACCCUCAAAACAAAGGAAGAGGGGAAAGAUCCUCCCAUUUCAAGUCAGGAGGCCUCCUCACCAGAGCAAGUGGAAUUGCUUCCAAGCCAAUUUUGCUCAAAGAAAACCGAGCACUUCAGCUCGUCCGACAAUAAGGAGCCCAGUGAGGAGAGAGAGGAAGGCUUCAAAGACCAUGAAGACCACUCCAACGAGGACAGUUGUUGCAGCCUUUGUUGUUCGGGAACGGUGAUGACCUCUAGUAGUGUUGGCUCGACCGCUGCCCCUUCAGAGUGUAAUUGCCAUCAGGCCAGCAGCGAGCUGAGCCAGGCGGAAUUUCCGAUAGUGGAACGACCUGAUCUUCAGACCCAUUUCGAUGGCUCUUCUUCGUCUUCCUCCACUACUUCGAUGGCAUCCAAGAACCAAAUGGAGAAUGAGUUUGAAAUCUUCCAUGAUGAAGAUGGAGGAGAAUUCGCCGUCAGCGCAACGGCCCAGGAGUCAUCCCAUAAACCUGUCACCUUGACAUCCACCCCGAUUGGCAAACCUGUCGCUUUUAAUCUUUUGCUUGAAGGCAUUCUUAAAGAACUCGAGGUCGAAAGGGAGGCAGACCAUCACGCUCCCGGGGGAUCGCCUGCUGGGGGAGACCCGAUUGAAAAGUGUGUUAUCUCCAUCGAUGGUGUUCAAACCUUAGCCAACGAGGCCAGAAAGACCAGGAAACUGAUGAAAGUGGAUUCGGGUCUUGAGAAGUGGCCGGGGUCUCAGUCUGCCCAAUCUUCGGGAUUGUCCGCCACGACGCGAACUUCUGUUGUGAAGCAGCAAGUGAAGUCUUAUGGUAAUGGUUCCAUGACCAAGGCCAUCCUCCAACCUCAACAACUCACGGUAUUCGAUGCUUCCAAAGUAUCGGUGAGUUUGGCCGAGAACCACAUUGGCUUUGAGGCCGAUUCGCCCUUUACGUUCCACGUGGACCCACGAAAUGCAGGCCAUGGUUCCCUGGAAAUAGUGGUGGCCACCGAGGACGGUUCUGUUCCCUCCCAAAUGAAACGGGAACCCAAUGGAACAUUUCGAAUAUCUUUUCUGCCAAGAGAUAUCCACCAGGAGCAUGCCAUCAUUAUUUCUUAUAAUGGAGUACCUAUCAGUGGAAUGCCAAUGAAAAUUAAGGCUAUCCCACGAGGUUCCAAUUCCAAAGAAGACUCGGAUAUCGACGAUUGCAAAGCAGCUCAUUUUCAUUCUCCAGCUUCUUUCAUGGCCUCGAAGGACGAGAUGUUUGCCAUUCCAAACGACCCUCUAAAAGCGAGCAAGCGAGUUCAGAUAAGAUCCAUGAAGUCGGCAAGUCUCCCAUGUGAUUCCCAUAUCAGUUGUGCGAUGAAGAGAGGCUCGAGGCUGAGUGGAAACCACGAAAACGGGGUCCCUUUGAAAAGUCAAACAGAUCUAUUCAUGUCGGCACAAGACCCUUGGGAGGACGAGACCAAAAUUCAGAAUUGCACUCUAGACUUGCGCCAACAACGACAGACAGAACAGAAAAAGUGGAACAACUCGGGUAGGUUUUUGCCACCUUCUGGCUCCCCAGACAACGUGGUUGUCCCACAAAGUACCGAAAUUUGCCAAAAUAUACAAGAAACUCGCGAAGGUUGCACAAGAUUGACGAGACGCCAAGACGAGCGAUGCCAACUGAUCCCGGCAUCGCCCUGGGCAGAACAUGUCAUCGACGGAGAACUGAUCCGUGUGAACGUGACGCCCGAGAAGAAGUACAAUCAUUUUUCAACAAACCAAGGCGAACUCGUCGUUCUGGUCGACCUCGACCAGAAUUCAAAUGGCCUCGAGAUGAGGGUUGACAUUAUCCCGUCCCUUCCGAGCGGCGAGAGGCCCACAAUAAAGGCAUCCAUCUCACCCGCCAAAGACCUCUCACUACCAUGGGAGAGUCAAUGCUGUGAGGCCCAAGAUUGCCAAGUUAUUCCCCUAAAAUGUGAGCGAAGAAAUGAGAUCUUUUCCCAAAGACACUUAUCCACGGAGAAGGCCGCUCAGGAUAGCGAUGGCAAAGAAAAGGAGGACAAUUUACGAUUUUCGGUGCUCAUUCCGUUCCCCGAAAAUGAACUGAGCUCUGAAAGCCGUCUUGGUGGUGUAUUCAUCCUCGAGAUAGGAUUUCCAUAUGCAAAUGUCUCGAGACGUCCAGAGACUACUCCUGCCACUCCAACUACCACCACGAGUCUCCGUCAAGCAACUCCUUUCAUGGUGUUUAGCAAAGAACAUUCCAUUUUCGCAUCCCGGAAUGAUGAUAUACUAGUGUUGGGCGAUGGACUCCUACGAGGCGUGGUUGGCGUGGAAGCCUCGUUUUGCAUCUAUCUACUCCGAGAGCAUCCAACCAACACGGAAGGGGAGAGGAACUUAGAUUGGAAUAGAAGACUCCCACGAGUUUGGUUGAAGGACCCUCAAGGACAGCUGGUUCAAGUUCAAUUACUUCCAAAGAGACAGAUCGGCCCUUGGCAAAAACCGCAAUGUAAUCCUGACCAAGGAGCCCCAAGGUCCAUGUUAUCCCGGGUUGUUGUGGAGGCCUCUUAUUGUCCCACAAUGCCUGGAAACCACAUCAUGCACAUCUCCUGGAAGCACUGUGAAUUGGUUGGAUUUCCAAAGAAAGUAGGAGUCAUCAAGCGGGAGGCAGAAGGCCGCCCAACCAAGGCCACAGUUAGUCAUGGUCUAGGCACCACGGCAAGUAUCAACGAGUACAACAGUACCACAGACGGUAAAACCAUUUCGUGUCGGAUACCCGGGCAGAUUCCUCUGAACAAAUUCUCCAUUGUUGAGGUUCACUCGAGUAAUCCCUUAGCUAGUCCUAAAUCUCUGACCGCCACACUGGUUCCCACCAGUGCUCCUCCUGGUCACAAAUCUGGAAAUAAUGGUGGUGGACCUCCGACCCUGGUUGUGUCACAAGGAGGGUCGUCGUUGUCGUCGGCGAAGUCCUCCGCGUCGCCGGCCGUGGUUCGACAGACCGGACACCGGACCUACCACAUCAUCCUUCAUCCUCGGACGAUUGGAGAACAUAUGGUUCAUGUCUUUUACAAUCAUGAGGCUGUACCUGGGAGCCCUUUUCCUGUGACGGUGAGUGGGCCACCCGCUGGGCGAGCAGCUGUUCCAUCGGGCCAUAACCAUAUCCGAGCAUUUGGACCGGGAUUGGAACACGGACUUCUCCACACGUUUCACUCGGAGUUUAUAUGCGACGCACGCGGCGCAGGACCUGGUCAUCUGACGGUGAAGGUGCGCGGCCCAAAGGGAGCCUUUCACACGGAAAUGCUGAGCUCGUCAGGACCUGGCCGUGAUAAUCGGAUCAUUUUAUGUCGCUAUAACCCGUCGGAGCCGGGUGAUUACCGGAUCGAAAUCAAGUGGUCCGGUCAUCACAUUCCUGGAUCUCCAUUCUUUGUGAUGAUAUUUGACACUCAACGAGAGCUGGCACACUUCUUCGAGUAUACGAGGGAAACUUCCAGGGACACUUCCAGGGACACAUCCUUGGACUUCAGGCCAGUGUCAUGGAGGUGGGAUCCCAGGUGGGAAAAUAUGUCAAUGUCGAGCUUUGAAGUGAUGAGAAAUUGCGGAAACAUCGGAUAUCUGACCAUGUACAACCGAACCCUUCCAUCGUCAGCUCGUUUGAGCGAUCGAUCAUUCGUCAUGUGAAUCUAUCCUGUCUUGACAUUUCCAUUGCAGCGACGUUUCAAAUAUAAUGCCACCACAAUACA